GUUUGUAAUAGGAGACCGCGCGGGCAUUCGGACGGGCAGUGCAGUGUGUUCGGACGGCUGUGUUAACUAGCUUAUACCAAUACGGGAACAUGUCGGCGAGUCAGAUUAUUAUGUUGUCUGUGUCGUCGUUCUAAAAAUGUAAAUCAACUGUAAACGGCCGGAGCGAGUGUAGUGGGCAUCGUUAGCGUCUGGCUUUUUUACGAAAAAAAAAAAAUAAAAAUAAUAACAAAGAAGAAAAAAUGACUGCCACGAACACCGGAUAUGCAUUUAUGGUAUUUGCAUUCUCGAUAUUAUGGAUGUCCCGCACAGAAGCUGAAAGUUUUUUGCAAGACUUUCAGCCGUGUACCUUCAAUCCUCUGUGUUCAUGCACUAAGUCAUACGACAGUUUGGGUGAAGUGCAUUGUGUCGAUGUGUACUUUCCGCGCAUACCACCGGCUAUCAACCGAUCUAGGUUGUCAACACUUCAUCUCAGGAACAAUGACUUGGACAGCAUAGAGCCUUACUUCCUCGUCAACACUGGUCUUUACAAGAUGACAAUUCAAGACAAUCCAUUGCCAAAUUUAAACGAUGAUUCAUUAUAUGGAUUAGAGCAUUCAUUAUGGGAACUGGAAUUAAUUAAUACUUAUUUAAACUACGUUCCAAGUCGGGCAAUACGAAUAUUAUUAAAAUUGAAAGUACUCAAUUUGUCAGGUAAUCAAAUAUCAGAGAUAAAGAUGGGCGAUUGGAAUGGACUGGAGAAUACUCUUAAAGUUUUAAAACUUGCAAACAACGCACUUACAUAUUUGCCACACAGGGCUUUUGAUGGCCUCGGGUUGUUAGAAAAUCUUGAUUUGUCGGGUAAUAUGAUUUCGGAAAUACAUGUAAAUGCAUUUCAAGACGGUCCAUUGCAACUAUUCAGACUCAAUUUAGCUGAUAAUUUGUUGAAAUAUAUUCCAUACAUUCAUUUAUCGUCAUCAGCGAUGAAAUUUCUGAAGUAUUUAGAUGUUAGUUACAAUUUAAUUGAAAGUACAAAAGGGCCAUUAUUAUCAGUAACAUCACGUGGUGGUGGAAGACAGAAGUUUCUUCUAGACGAAUUACAUUUGGAAUUCAAUCACAUAAAAGUUUUAGAAAAACAAAGUUUGCAGAAUUUUGAAUCUAUAAAUAAAACAUACUUUAAUGGAAAUCCAAUAACACAUAUUCAAGACGGAGCAUUUCAAAAUACUAAAAUUCGAGAAAUAUUUAUGGUCGAUUGUGAAAUUUAUAACGUAUCAUCUGAAGCGUUUAAAGGCCUUGAAACAUAUUUGCAUACAUUGGACGUGUCAAACAAUAACAUCACAGAAUUUCCUAUUAGGAAGUUACAGCAAAAUUUUAACGUGCUUAUGAAACUAGGACUUGGAGAUAAUAAGAUAAAAAAUGUAUUUCCUAUUCAUAUUAAUGAGGUAACAGAAAAAAUUAUAAAAUCAAAUGACAAGAAAAAAACAAACGACAAGACCGUAGUUUACGAGGAUAAUAAACAUAUUGCUCAAGAAAAAGAUAACAACUAUCAUGAAUUUUAUUCUUUGCAAGAUUUCGAUUUCUCUGGUUGGAAUAAUGGUCCGCUUCAAAUUAAAACUAUUAAUGGUUUUAAAUAUCUUCGCCGGCUUUCUCUGUCAAAGAUGACCACAUCAUUUUUAGAACCAGAAAUGUUUAUGAAUUUUACUAUUGAUAUGGAGGAACUUCAGAUCAUAGGGUCAGAUAUAAAAGCAAUCAGAGCACAUGCAUUUAAGCAUGUCCACGGACUAAAAUAUUUAGAUUUGUCUGAAAAUAUGAUAAGCACAUUAGAUUCUGAUGCAUUUAAAGAGAUUGGACAUUCACUACAAUACCUCAAAAUGUCACACGCUUUCGCAUCUACGUUUAAACCAGUACCAGCGGAAGCUUUUCGAUAUUUGAGCAAUUUGAAAUAUUUGGAAUUAAACAAUAAUCAUAUGCAAUAUCUUCGAGAAUCGAGUUUUCACUCUCAAACAAAUUUAAGGACGUUAAAGAUACAAGAUUGCAUGUUAGAAACUUUGCACAAAGGGACAUUUCAAGGUGGACAAGGAGGAAGUCAUAAUCAACUAGAGGAAAUAUACAUGUCAUUCAACUUUUUAAAAAAAAUUGAAGAAGGAUCUUUUGACGAUUUAUCAUCAUUAGGAAAGAUUCAUUUGGACGGAAAUCGAAUAAAUCGCAUUGAAAGGCAUGCUUUUACUAAUUUGGAGCGUUUAAGAUGGUUAAUUUUAAGAGGGAAUCAGAUUGAAAAGUUGGAAAUAGAAGCAUUUCAAAAUUUACCUCGUUUACAAGAACUCGAUUUAGCUUAUAACUAUAUUAAACACAUGGACUUUACAUUCUUAGAUCAAGUUGGAAUGCUUUCAUAUUUCCAUAUGAACGUUAGUCAUAAUCUCUUAUCAAAACUAUCAUCCAAUUACAAUGCUUCUACAAAGGAUCUAUAUAUACAAUCAAAUAUUAGGGUUUUAGAUAUUUCGCAUAAUAACAUUAGAAAUAUAGAAGACAAAUAUUUCUCUCCAAUGGAGUCAAGCCUAAGUUAUUUGCACAUGUCUUUUAAUAAUCUAUAUCAAGUGUCUAGAAAUGUGUUUGGUAACUUAUACAAUCUUAUAUGGCUAGAUCUUGGACAUAAUAAUAUCGUCGAAGUUGGAUUUGAUUCCUUUAAAGGAUCAAAAAGACUACAAGUUUUCAUAAUAUCUCAUAAUCAUUUAGCAGAUUUACCUAAUGAUUUGUUUAAAGGAUUUACUGAACUUCGAUUAGUUGAUUUUUCAUACAAUAAACUCCGAGUGUUGCCCGACAUGUUUUUCAGCGAAGAUAACUUAGAGAUAUUAAAUAUGGCUCAUAACGAAUUGUCUCGUAUGCCUGUUUUGUCAUUUAGCACACAUUCUGCGGGAAUUGUGUGUGAUAUGGAUUUAUCUUUCAACGCAAUAACCGCAUUACCUGUUUUUGAAAUGUUUUCUAGGUUUAAAUCAUUAAAACGGUUAAAUCUUGCUGGUAAUCGUUUGGUACAUCUUGAAGAUUCAAAUUUUGCGAGUUUAAUUCGUUUAACUUACCUUGACUUAAGUCAUAACGAUGCAUUAAGUUUUGAAAAUAGAGGUCGUAUGUUUUUAGGCCUCGAACAGUCACUUCAACAUCUUAGGCUUAAAAAUAUCUCUUUAACAUUCAUACCAGAAUUGCCACUACCAUCUCUUAUAAAUUUAGAUUUAUCUGGAAACCAUAUAGCGUCUAUUGGACCAGAUAGAGCUUCUAAUUUAUCAUCAUUGCGGAAUUUAGAUUUGAGUCAUAAUGAGUUGAUUGGAUUUCCAUCUAUCAUGAUGAAUUUACCAGAUCUUAACAACCUUAAUUUAUCAAAUAAUCAUAUUUAUGAUUUGAAUAACAGCACUUUAAAUAUUGGCGUUCAAAAGUUGAUUACUUUAGAUCUGAGUUACAUGCCAUUAGUGUCAUUUGAAACCGGCGCUUUAAAUAAAAUGACAUCUUUACAAACGCUAGUAAUGAGUACAUUUGUUGGUAUUAAGGAUUUCAAUAUUCCUUCUGUAAUUUCUGACAUUCAUACUCUUAGAAAUUUAAAUAUUAAAGUUGAUAAACUAUCACGAAUGGGGAAAGAAUUAAUCGGUUUAUUUCCAUAUAAACUAAGAAACUUCACGAUUAGUGGAAAAGCUUUACACGGUCUUGUAUUAAAUAAUGUAUUUCAGGGUCUGAGAUAUCCAAAUUUGAAUUUGACAAUUUUCAAUACUAGCUUGGACACGAUAUCAAAUGAAGUUUUUCGACACAUGGGGACUGUGAGAAAUAUUAGUUUAGAUAUCCGAAAUAAUUCAUUGAAGUCAAUAGGAAAUCCAUCCACUAAUACUUCACCAAAUCAUCAUGGUCAAACAUUUUUAACUUCGCUAAAAGUAUCUGGAAACCCGUGGACUUGUGAUUGUAAUAUUGGUUGGAUGGAAGUCUGGCAUCGUAAGAAACGUCAAUUUUUGUGCAAUCACGAAGAUCCGUCAACAGCGCCUUCGAAUAGAUACAGAGACGUUGAACACUAUUCAACUAGUAAAUCUACGUGUCUCAUCAGUGACGAAGAUCUUGAGAUAGCUGCUUGUGCAGAUAGGAAAAAACCACUAGCCGAAGCUUUUAAAAAUGACAUUGAAUGUGGAUGGGGAGCAGCUGGUAAAUGCCAAUUGCAUUUGGCAAUUAUUAUUUCUGUUGUAAUGGCAUACAUAAUUAUGAUAUAACUCCCAUAACACAACUAACGAAAAAAAAAUCUCACGGGAUUAGGCACUAAUAACAUGCGUUGAAAUAUUAUAAUAAAUAUAAAAUUAUUAAUAUUUAUUUUUCAAAUAGUUUUUAUAAAUCAAUUUUAUGAAUUUGUGAGUAUCACAAAAUCAAAGAAAAUAUUCUAACAUAGCUAAAUCUAGAUUUUUUGUGAACCUGAUCUACCUAUGCAUUUCGCUGUAUUUAACUUUAAUAUUGGGGGUUUUUUUUUAUGACAUUGGCUUCGUAUGAACCAUGAAGACAUGAAGUAACACAUUUUAUCAUAUUUACUAUUAAUGGUACUUAAUGUUUACUGUAGAUAUGAUCUAAUACAAUUAAUAAAACAUAAAGGAAACUUUUAAUUUGCUAUGUAGAAUAAUAUACCUAGGUAUUAUUAUGAUUGAUUAAUAAGUUAUUUGACAUAUGUUAAUAUUCUAAGUAAAUUAAACAAAAUAUACUAAGUUAAUUUAAAUAGAAUUAAAUAAUGUUGUGAAAUAUAGAUAUAAAAACAUAAUUUCCUAUAGUUAUAUGAAGUAAAUCGUCGCUUUUUAAAUUUGCGUAGUAUGGUACUUUCAACUUAUCGUAUUUUUAGAAUUUAUCGUUAAACAAAUUAACAAUAAUAAUAAUGUAACAAAUCGGAUUUUGAUGGUAAUAUAUUUUAAGUAAUAAAAUUGAUUGAUUUUUAAUUAAAAGCUGUAUACUUACUUGAAAAAAUUCUCAAAGCUAAUACAAAUAAUACAUAAUAUUAUGCACUAAUCAAUCAGUGGGUAUUCCUGUAAAAAGCUUUUUAUUCAGUAUAAUUUAGAUUUUUUUUAGGCGUAUUUUCCUAUAGAUUAGUCGUAUAAUUUUUAUGGGAUUAAUAACAUAAUAUGUGUAUACAAAAUUAGUUUUAUGUUGAAGUAGAUAUCGUCACAACAAGCAUUUUGUACUAUAAAACAGUUAAAUUUAUUUAUUUUUAUUUGUACUAAUAUGUUUUUAUAAUUUUUAAAAUAACGAUAAAUUAUACUUGUUAUUAAUUUCGUUAUAUAUUCAGAAAAAUGCAAUCAUUUGUUCUUAAAAAAACUAAUUCUAUACCUAAACUUAAUAAUAUAAUAUACUCUUAAGUAAACUGCUAUACUUAAAUCUGUUCAUAUUAAUUUCUAAAACAAAUCGCUCAUUUAUUAUAUUAAAAUUAUUAUUUAUAAUUUAAUGUAUUUAUUUAUCAUAAAAAAUUUUGCAUUAUAUCGCAAUCACAUGAAUUUUUUUUUUUAUAAUUUAAAAAUUCAUUUUAUUUUUAAUGAGUGAUGUUUACCAUUCACUAGUAUUCAACUAAUUUUCAUUAUAUAUAUUAUAUAAUAAUACUAUUAAGGUUAGUUUUAUUUAUCAGCUUGUAUUUAUUUAAAUUAAAUACGUAUUAUUUAACCAUUUAUUCCUUUAAAAUUGUUUUGCUAGUUUAAAUUUAAUGUUUUAAUCAAAUAAUAUUAUUUUAUAUUGGUCGAUAAUAAUAUUGCACAUGUAAUCCUUAAAGUAUGUUAUUAAAGAAUGAGGUAUAGCAAUGAAAAUGUGAUUUAUGACGUAUUUUAGACUCCCCUCAGAGAUCACCGCCAUUUUACAUCUAACCAAAUAUGAGAUAUGUAUUUAAUUAACAAUAUUGGUCAUGGACGGAGUUAAUUAUUAAAGGUUUUGUUUACUUAAAAAUUAAAUUUAUUACUUCAGUCUAUUAAAUUCCAUGUCACGAUUAAAUCAUUUAGUAAGAUGAUAAAAUAUAUAGUUUUUACAUUAAAAAAAUGUUUAAUAUCUAGAACCUUUGUUACAAUAGCGCUACGUUUUAAUCUUAAGCAAAUAAAUAAAAACCAAUUGUUGUAUGAUUUUAUUUAUUUUGAUGAACUGGAAGCAUUUUUAAAAUACAAUAUAUUGUACUACAGAUUUAAUAGCUAUCUGUUAAUAAACUAUAUUAUUGUAAGCAAAUAAAUGUUUAUAAGUAAGACUUUGUUACAUAUUAUACUUAAAAUAAAAAUACGAGUAAAUAAAUAAUUCUUAUUCAGUACAAAGAAACAAACACUUUUUAAAAUGUAAUCAGAAAAUAUAAAUAAUAUUUGCAUUUA